AGGACGGCAGCGAAGUCAGACGCUGCUAGCUGGCUGCAACAUCCUAUUUAUUUCAUGGAGGCUGCUCGCAGCAGGAUCUAAGCUCUGUCACUCUGCAAGGCAAUAAGUGUGCCAGCAAAGAGAGAGAUAUUCAACUUGAUUUGAGCUGGCUCUCCAAUUUCUGCUCCAGACUACAAAGGCCAAAUAUAUCUAAGACUCCAACAGCUUUGAAAAGGAACUGAACUCCACCAUGGGCCUCCCCACCCAGGUUUUGGCCUGUGCAAUCUUAGCUUUGCUGCAGCAGCACGUCAGCGGGGGACUCAUCCAGCGAAUUAUCCGGCAGAAGCGGGAGGCUGGGCUAAAUGUCACCCUGCCAGAGGACAGUCAGCCUGUGGUUUUUAACCAUGUCUACAACAUUAAGUUGCCUGUUGGCUCCCUUUGCUCUGUGGACCUGGACACGGCGAGCGGUGAUGCAGACCUGAAGGCAGAAAUUGAGCCUGUCAAGAAUUACGAGGAGCACACAGUGAAUGAGGGCAACCAGAUCGUCUUCACGCACCGCAUUAACAUCCCUCGACGAGCCUGUGGCUGUGCAGCUGCCCCAGACAUUAAGGAUCUGCUGAGCAGACUGGAGGAACUGGAGGGGCUGGUAUCCUCCCUACGGGAGCAGUGUGCCAGCGGGGCUGGAUGCUGUCCUAAUUCCCAGGCAGUGGAAGGUCGCCUGGACACAACACCCUACUGCAAUGGACACGGCAACUACAGCAUUGAGAUCUGCGGCUGCAUCUGCGAGCCUGGCUGGAAGGGCCCCAACUGCUCUGAGCCAGACUGUCCCCGCAACUGCUUCAACCGCGGCCUCUGCGUCCAGGGUAAGUGUGUCUGCCACGACGGCUUCACCGGCGAGGACUGCGGCCAGGCCACCUGCCCGUCCGACUGCAACGACCAAGGCAAGUGUGUGGAGGGGGUGUGCGUCUGCUUCGAGGGCUACACGGGCACAGACUGCGGCCAAGAGCUCUGCUCCCAGGGCUGCAGCGUGCACGGGCGCUGCGUCAACGGACGGUGCCUGUGCCACGAGGGCUUCACCGGCGAGGACUGCAGCGAGCCUCUCUGCCCCAACAACUGCCACAACCGCGGGCGCUGCGUGGACAGCGAGUGCCUCUGCGACGAGGGCUACACCGGCGAGGACUGCGGUGAGCUCAUCUGCCCCAACGACUGCUUCGACCGCGGGCGCUGCGUCAACGGCACCUGCUUCUGCGAGGAGGGCUUCACCGGGGAGGACUGUGGGGAGCUGACCUGUCCCAACAACUGCAACGGCAACGGGCGCUGCGAGAACGGGCUCUGCAUCUGCUAUGAGGGCUUCGUGGGCGACGACUGCAGCGAGAGGAGGUGCCCCAAUGACUGUCACAACCGUGGGCGCUGCGUGGGCGGGCGCUGCGUCUGCCACGAGGGGUACCUGGGUGAGGACUGCGGGGAGCUGCGGUGCCCCAACGACUGUCACAACCGCGGGCGCUGCCUCAACGGGCAGUGUGUGUGCCAUGAGGGAUUCAUCGGGGAGGACUGUGGCGAGCUGCGGUGCCCCAACGACUGCAGCAACCGCGGGCACUGCGUCAGUGGGCAGUGCGUGUGCCACGAGGGGUACACAGGGGAGGAGUGCGGCGAGCUGCGGUGCCCCAACGACUGCAAUAACCAUGGGCUCUGCGUCAAUGGGCAGUGUGUGUGUGAUGAGGGGUACACAGGGGAGGACUGUGGAGAACUGCGGUGCCCUGAAGACUGCCACAACCGUGGGCGCUGUGUGGAGGGACGCUGCCAGUGUGACAAUGGCUUCACAGGGGAGGACUGCGGGGAGCUGUCCUGCCCCAACGACUGCCACCAGCGCGGGCGCUGCAUCGAUGGGCGCUGCGUGUGCCACGAGGGCUUCACGGGGGAGGACUGCCGGGAUCGGUCCUGCCGCAAUGACUGCAACAACGCAGGCCGCUGCAUCGACGGGCGGUGCGUCUGUGAGGAUGGCUACAUGGGGGAUGACUGCUCUGAUGUGUCUCCUCCAACUGAGCUGACUGUGACCAAUGUGACAGAUAAAACUGUAAAUCUGGAAUGGAAGCAUGAGAACCUUGUCAACGAAUACCUCAUCACCUAUGUCCCUACCAGCAGUGGUGGCUUAGAUAUGCAGUUCACCGUGCCAGGAAACCAGACAGCUGCCACUAUUCAUGAGCUGGAGCCGGGUGUGGAAUACUUUAUCCGUGUCUUUGCGAUCCUUAAAAACAAGAAGAGUAUUCCAGUCAGUGCCAGGGUAGCAACAUAUCUGCCUGCUCCAGAAGGUCUGAAAUUCAAAUCUGUUAGAGAAACCUCUGUCCAGGUGGAGUGGGAUCCUCUCAACUUUUCUUUUGAUGGCUGGGAGCUGGUCUUCCGUAACAUGAAAACAGAUGACAAUGGAGAUAUAACCAGCAGCUUGAAAAGGCCAGAGACAUCUUACAUGCAGCCAGGGUUGGCACCGGGGCAGCAAUAUAACGUGUCUCUUCAUAUAGUGAAAAACAAUACCAGAGGACCAGGACUAUCCAAAGUGAUAACCACAAAACUUGAUGCCCCUAGCCAGAUCGAGGCAAAAGAUGUCACAGACACCACAGCUCUUAUCACGUGGUCCAAACCCUUGGCUAACAUUGAAGUCAUAGAGCUCACUUAUGGCCCCAAAGACAUUCCAGGGGACAGGACAACUGUUGACCUCUCCGAGGAUGAAAACCAAUAUUCUAUUGGAAACCUGAGGCCACACACAGAGUAUGAAGUGACACUCAUCUCUCGGCGAGGGGACAUGGAAAGCGACCCCAUGAAGGAAGUCUUUAUCACAGAUUUGGAUGCUCCAAGAAACCUGAGGCGGGUGUCACAGACAGACAAUAGCAUCACUCUGGAGUGGAAGAACAGCCACGCCAAUAUCGAUAACUACCGCAUUAAGUUUGCUCCCAUCUCUGGUGGAGACCAUGCUGAGAUCACAGUGCCAAAGGGCAGCCAAGCAACAACCAGAGCUACGCUCACAGGUUUGAGGCCUGGAACUGAAUAUGGCAUUGGAGUGACAGCAGUGAGACAGGACAGGGAAAGUGCUCCUGCAACCAUUAAUGCUGGCACUGAGCUUGAUAACCCGAAGGACUUGGAAGUCAGUGACCCCACUGAAACCACCUUGUCCCUUCGCUGGAGGAGACCAGUGGCCAAGUUCGACCGAUACCGCCUCACUUACGUCAGCCCCUCCGGAGGGAAGAGCGAAGUGGAGAUCCCUGUGGACAGCAGCUCCUUUAUCCUGCGAGGCCUGGAUGCAGGGACAGAAUACACCAUCAGCCUGGUGGCAGAGAAAGGCAGACACAAGAGCAAGCCCACUACUGUGAAGGGUUCGACUGAGGAGGAACCUGAGCUUGGAAAUUUAUCAGUGUCAGAGACUGGCUGGGAUGGUUUCCAGCUCACCUGGACAGCAGCCAACGGGGCCUAUGAGAACUUUAUCAUUCAGGUGCAGGAGGCUGAGAAUCCAGAAGAAACCUGGAACAUCACAGUCCCGGGCGGACUGCGCUCUGUGAAUGUUACGGGCCUGAAGGCCAACACACCUUAUAACAUCACACUUCAUGGUGUGAUUCAAGGCUACAGGACCAUACCCCUUUCUGUUGCAACCAUGACAGGGGCGCACCCAGAAGUCGGUGAGCUAACCGUUACCGACAUUACUCCUGAAAGCUUCAACCUUUCCUGGACCACCACCAGUGAGGACUUCGACGUCUUUACUAUUGAAAUUAUUGAUUCUAACAGGUUGCUGGAGCCCAUGGAGUUCAACAUCUCAGGCAACUCAAGAACUGCUCAUAUCUCAGGGCUUUCUCCCAGCACUGAUUUUAUUGUCUACCUCUAUGGCAUCUCUCAUGGUUUCCGCACACAGGCAAUAAGUGCUGCAGCUACAACAGUAGAGGAACCUCUCCUUAGCAAACUUACUGUAUCAAAUGCUACCUCAGACAGAGUGUCACUCACCUGGGAAGCACAGGACAAUGCCUUUGACCACUUUAUUCUAGAAGUCAGAAACUCUGAUUUCCCUUUGGACUCCCUGGUGCACACAGUGCCAGGAGCCUCCCGGCGCUAUGUAGUCACCAACCUCGAAGGUGCCACUAAUUACACUGUUCAACUCCGUGGUGUAAUUGAUGGGCAAGGUGGUCAGACCUUGACAGCACUGGCAACCACAGAGGCCAUGCCCCCCCUGGAAAACCUAACUGUCUCUGAUAUUAACCCUUACGGGUUCACGGUGUCGUGGAUGGCAUCGGAGGAUGCUUUUGACAGCUUUCUAGUAGUCGUGGUGGAUUCUGGCAAGCUGCUGGACCCGCAGGAGUUCCUCCUUACGGGAGCCCAGCGCCAACUGAAGCUUAAAGGCCUCAUUACUGGCAUUGGCUAUGAGGUUAUGCUUUAUGGUAUUGCCAAGGGGCACCAAACAAAGCCCCUGAGCACUGUGGCUGUUACAGAAGCAGAACCCGAGGUCGACAACCUCCUGGUUUCAGAUGCCACUCCCGAUGGCUUCCGUCUCUCCUGGACUGCAGAUGAUGGGGUUUUCGACAGCUUUGUUCUAAAGAUCAGGGACACCAAAAGGAAAUCUGAUCCAUUGGAACUCAUAGUGCCAGGCCAUGAGCGCACCCAGGAUAUAACAGGGCUGAAGGAGGGCACAGAAUAUGAGAUUGAGCUCUAUGGAGUUAGCAGCGGACGGCGCUCCCAGCCCGUAAAUGCAGUAGGCACCACAGUUGUGGGGUCUCCCAAGGGAAUUUCUUUCUCUGACAUCACGGAGAACGCAGCUACGGUCAGCUGGACACCGCCUCGCAGCCGCGUGGAGAGCUACCGCAUCUCCUACGUCCCCGUCACAGGAGGUACUCCAAAUGUUGUUACUGUUGAUGGAAGCAAGACAAGGACCAAGUUGGUGAAAUUAGUCCCUGGUGUAGACUACAAUGUUAGUAUCAUCUCACUGAAAGGCUUUGAAGAAAGUGAGCCCAUCUCUGGCACUCUGAAAACAGCUCUGGACAGCCCAUCAGGCCUGGUUGUGGUGAACAUCACAGAUUCUGAGGCUCUGGCAACCUGGCAGCCAGCAAUUGCUGCUGUGGACAAUUAUGUUGUCUCCUAUGCUUCUGAGGAUGAGCCAGAAGUUACUCAGAUGGUAUCAGGGAACACUGUGGAGUAUGACCUGAAGGGACUGCAGCCUGCAACUGAGUACACACUGAGUGUCCACGCACUGAAGGACACCCAAAGGAGCGAGUCCCUCUCCACCCAAUUUACUACAGGACUGGAUGCUCCAAGAGAUUUAAGUGCCACUGAAGUUCAGUCAGAGACAGCUGUGAUAACCUGGAGGCCUCCUCGUGCUCCAGUCACUGAGUAUCUCCUGAUCUAUGAGUCCAUCGAUGGCAGAGUCAAGGAAGUCAUCCUCGACCCUGAGACUACCUCCUACAGCCUGACAGAGCUCAGCCCAUCUACCCAGUACACAGUGAAACUCCAGGCUCUGAGCAGAUCCCUGAAGAGCAAAACAAUCCAGACUGUUUUCACCACAACUGGUCUUCUCUAUCCUUACCCUAAAGACUGCUCCCAGGCUCUUCUGAAUGGAGAAAGCACCUCUGGGCUCUACACCGUUUACGUGAAUGGGGACAAGGCUCAGCCUCUGCAAGUCUUCUGUGACAUGGGCGAGGACGGAGGUGGAUGGAUUGUGUUCCUGAGGCGUCAAAACGGAAAGGAGGACUUCUACAGGAACUGGAAGACUUACGUGGCUGGGUUUGGAGACCCUAAGGAUGAAUUCUGGAUAGGUCUGGAGAACCUGCACAAAAUCACUUCUCAGGGCCAGUACGAGCUGCGUGUGGAUCUGAGGGACAAAGGCGAGACAGCUUAUGCCGUCUACGACAGGUUCAGCGUUGGGGACGCCAAGAGCCGCUACCGCCUGCGAGUGGAUGGCUACAGCGGCACAGCAGGUGACUCCAUGACAUACCAUAAUGGGAGGGCCUUCUCCACGUUUGACAAGGACAAUGACUCUGCCAUCACCAACUGUGCUCUCUCAUACAAGGGUGCAUUCUGGUACAAGAACUGCCACCGAGUCAAUCUGAUGGGCAGAUAUGGUGACAACAGCCACAGUCAGGGUGUGAACUGGUUCCACUGGAAGGGCCACGAGUACUCCAUCCAGUUUGCAGAGAUGAAGCUGAGACCCUCCAGCUUCCGCAACCUGGAAGGAAGGCGGAAGCGAGCGUAAGGCCCCGGAGGUGGCGAAGGGACCACGGGCAGGGUGAUGGGGGGAGGGAUAGAGAGUGGGGGUGUGGGGAGAUCCUCUGGCAUGCCUGGGGUGGUGGGAUGUGAGGAGCUGGUAGUCAUACCAAAGCACCAGUGACCCUUGGCCCAGCAGAGGCUUCUGCAGCAAUCCAAACAAGCAGCCUUAAGUGUCCCAGCGUUUUCAGCAGAGCAGCUGCAGCUGCCCAGCAGGAGCAUCCUCCACACCAAAGACAACCAUCUCAAGGGUUCUAUGUGCUGUCAUUCCUUUUUGUUCUCUCAGAAAGCCCCUGGGAAUAAAGUUCUUCCACAGGCUGACUGGCUCUUGGGUGGCCCAGGGGAGGGGAGGGAGAAGAGCUUUUGUACAUUGGUAGUUUGUUUUAGAACCAGCCAUAUUUUACACACAGGGAUGUGUGGGAUUAAUUAUCAUUAUUAUUAUUAGGUAUAAUUGAAAUUCAUUGGUCGUUGGAAAGCCUUUUAUAUAUAUAUAUAUCAAGUACCAGAGAGAAGGAGGGGAGGGGAAAGGGAAAGCAGUGUGGUUUAAACUUAAGCAUAAGAUUAAUAUUAUUAAUAUAAUGAGAAAGUAAUAAUAAUAAUGAUAAUAAUAAGCUAAGUUUGUGUCCUUUGUAAGAGAACCAUGCUUUUGGAAACACAGCAGGACAGUGUCUGAUUGUAAAUGUUUGUUUUUAUAUAUAUAAAUAAAAGCACAAAUACUUUUAAA